GUGGACCGACGAGUCUACGCAAGGCUUAAAAAAACCUAUUUCGAAAGGACAGCGCGUGGUAAUAGUUCACGCUGGCUCCGAAAACGGAUUUGUGCCAAAUGCACUACUCGUGUUUAAAGCGGGCACAAAAAGUGGAGAUUAUCAUGACAACAUGAAUUUCAUUAAUUAUGAAAAAUGGCUGCGCAAUCAGUUGAUACCAAACCUGCCUCCAAAUUCAGUAAUCGUGGUCGAUAAUGCGUCGUACCAUAACAAGCAAUUCGAAACUGCCCCAACCUCAAACUCAAACAAAGCUGUAAUGCGUCAAUGGUUGAAAGAUAAAGGAGUACAGUAUGAUGAAAAAAUGUACAAGCCACAGCUAUACAAACUCGUACUAGCGCACAAACAACAAAACAAGAAUUACUGCAUUGACAGAAUUUUAGCCGAACACAACCACUCAGUGGUCCGCUUACCACCUUACCACCCUGACCUAAACCCGAUCGAGAUGGCUUGGGCAGCAAUUAAGGGUUAUGUUGGCAGCAAAAAUGUUAACUGGAACAUAACCAAGGUAAUCGACCUCGUGAAAGAAAAAAUUGCGUCAAUGGGUCCCAUCGAAUGGGAAAAAUUGUGCCACAAGGUUAAAGACAUCGAACAAGAGUACAUAAAAAAUGACCACGUGAUAGAUUUGGUCACUGACGAAUUUGUAAUUUAUGCCGAUGACGAAAGUGACUCCGACGAAGGGUCCGAUAGUGAUUCCGAUGAUGAAGAUAAUGAUAGUCAAGAUACACAAAUUAGCUCCAACUCCCUUGAACCAAGACCUAGUACCAGCGCUGGAACUAAUUUAAUGGAAGGAAUUUCCUUUUUAGAAGAAGACUGAAUACCGCAAACAUGACAUUUUUAGACUUUUCAAUAACAGCCAUUUGAAACAUAUAAUUAUAUCUUAUGUUUUAUUUCUCAACUUGUGUUCCAUACAACUAUCAAUAUAAUUAAAUAAAUAUAAAACUAUAAAAUAACUGAUCAGGAUGUAUGAAGAGGGUUAUGAGAGUAUGUGAAGCGAAGGAAGUAUGUCAGGAUCGUAGUAUAUGGAAAUCCGUAAUCUAUGCCUACCCCUGCGGGAAAAAGGCGUGAUUAUACACGGAUCGACCUAGUCCCACAAUAAGCUCACUAAGACUUGUGUUGUGGGCUCAAUAAUUAUACCGAGAUUUGAAAUAAAAAUUAGGUACUUUUUUUGCACGUAUGUGUACGAUGCGCAAACUCUCCCCCACCA